GCGGAAGUUCCUCGCCGUCCUGUUGCUUCAAUUGAGUCUGGCCGUAAACACACGGGAUGGUGAUGUCGUCGGAUUAAUGGAUGGAAUUGUUCGCUCACAAACCGAGAGAAGACAAGAUGCGUAGAGCGCUUUCACUUCCGCGUCAGAGUCUGACAGUCAGCGCCGUCUGAGAUUGACUCUGUCACCGGCAGCACCGGCGCAUGGCUCAGCUUCCUGUCUCCCUGUGUGAAACAAGACAGUCGGCGCCAUGUUUCUGAAAACGUCCUUCACCACCCUCAUCGUCGGGGUGUUCGUGGUGUACGUGCUGCACACCUGCUGGGUGAUGUACGGCAUCGUCUACACCAAGCCAUGUGACGACCCCAGGAGCGAGAGUUGCAUCACACCCUUUUUGGCAGGGAACCCCAAAUUACAAUUGAGCAUCUACAGCUCGUUGCACCCGAAAGCAGAGGGAGGACACACGCUGAUCCACAAAGAGGAGGUCUUUGAUAUCGAGAGCAAGUUUGAGAGGAUUAUAAACGUCUCCCUCCCCAAGAAGACCCGGAACAACGGAACUCUCUAUGCAAUCAUCUUCCUCCAUCAAGCUGGAGUCUCUCCCUGGCAGGAUUCACGUCAGGUCCACUUGGUGGCUCAGCUCACCACCUACAUGGUUCCCAAACCGCCCGAGAUCUCCCUGAUAUCCGGGGACGAGGAGUCAGAGGGCCAGGCAGAAGCCCAGCUGAAGAAAGCUGGUCACGGGAAGUCGAAAGCUUCAGGUGGCGCCGGAGCAAGCGCUCUAGAUCGUCCGGUUUCUCACUGGCGAUCCAGACUGACGCUGAACAUCGUCAGUGAUCACUUCGUCUUUGAUAAAGGAUCCCUGCCUGCGGACGUGCACAGAUACCUCAGAGUCUAUCAAAAUGGGAAGAAGAUGGUUUACCUACCUCUGCUGUUCGUAGAUGAGCUCAGCAACCGGGUCAAGGAUCUUGCGGAGAUCAACAGCACCUCGACAGAAGUCCCUCUGACCAUUAGCUACGACUCCAUCUCUCUAGGAAGACUCCGAUUCUGGAUCCACAUGCAGGAUGCAGUCUACUCCCUGCAACAAUUCGGCUUCACAGAGAAGGAUGCAGAUGAGAUUAAAGGGAUCUUCGUUGACACAAACCUGUACUUCCUGGCUUUGACCUUCUUCGUGGCAGCUUUCCACCUUCUCUUUGACUUCCUGGCCUUUAAGAAUGACAUCAGCUUCUGGAAGCAGAAGAAAAGCAUGGUGGGCAUGUCCAGCAAAGCAGUGUUGUGGCGAUGCUUCAGCACCAUUGUCAUCUUCUUGUAUCUCUUCGAUGAGCAAACCAGUCUGCUGGUCCUCAUACCUGCAGGGAUCGGCACCAUCAUUGAGGUCUGGAAAGUGAAGAAGGCAUUCAAGAUCCAGGUGUCCUGGAAAACAGGAAAGCCAACAUUCCUGUUUGGCAAAUUAGAUGAGUCAGAGAGGAGAACAGAAGAGUACGACACUCUGGCCAUGAAGUAUCUGUCCUACCUCCUCUACCCGCUGUGUAUUGGCGGAGCUCUGUACGCCCUGAUUUUCCUGCGUUACAAGAGCUGGUACUCCUGGUUGAUCAACAGUUUAGUGAACGGUGUUUAUGCGUUUGGCUUCCUUUUUAUGCUGCCUCAGCUGUUCGUCAACUACAAGUUGAAAUCUGUGGCUCAUCUGCCCUGGAAGGCUUUUAUGUACAAGGCUUUCAAUACAUUUAUUGACGACGUGUUUGCCUUCAUCAUCACCAUGCCCACGUCGCAUAGACUGGCCUGCUUCAGGGACGACGUGGUCUUCCUCAUCUAUCUCUAUCAGAGAUGGCUCUACCCCGUGGACAAGACAAGAGUGAACGAAUAUGGCAUUUCCUACGACGACAAACCCAAAAAGAAGCCUCACAAGGACUGAGGGUGAAACUCAUCCUGACUCAUCUGCUGGGCCUGACCUCCGACCUGUGGUACUUGUUUCAAGAACCGCGCGAGUGGUCCGUCAUGGUUUUCACUUUCAGAGAUCAAACAAGUUUGUUUUUUUUUAAUGGAAAAACUGAAAUGCUACAGAGUUCAAACUGUUUGUUUUUUUACAUUAAUUGUAUUUUAUAAGUUGCUCACAUUCCAUUUGUUAUUGAACCAUGCAAAUGUUGAAAUGAAAUGAAUAGUUGUUUUUUUUUUUCAUGGAGUUCAAUUAAGUUAAUGGCGUAGAUAAAGAGAACUAUUUGUUCCAAGAUGUCCAGUUGCCUACAUCCUUCACCCAGGAUUACUAUCACUUUUGAACCUGCCACGUUUCAGUUUUGUUUCGGUUGUAGACGUAAUUCUUUGACUCGCAUCAGAGAUGUGUUUUGGAGAUCAUCUUUUAAAUGUAAAUUAGGAAAAUGACUUGGUGGCGUUAAAUCCUGCAGAAUAAUGUUUUACUUUUCAAUAUGAAGGAAGCGGAGUGACUUAAGUGACAAGCGCAUCAUGUUGUUGUCGGAUUUUUUGUAGGAACGCGUCAUGCGACGGUGCCAAAUGUUGAGGCUGUUCCAGACCUUCAGCGUUGAUGUUACCCAGACAUUCAAUUGAAAGUAUUCACUCUCUUGUCACAUGUGAACCGAUUCAUUGUCAAUUUUUAUUAUUAUUAUUGUUGUUCAUGAGGAUAUUGUGAAUGCAGCAGCGAUGUGCCUGAAGUCUGCCUUGAGAUCUUUUUAACCUUCUGCGUGUCUUUUUCAUUGAGAUGAAAUAAAAUGGAAAC